ACUAGUGUGGAAUGGAGGAAUUGGAGCACUACCAACUCGUUGGUGGUAGCGUGGUUGUUAACCUCACUUAUCCCUGCGAUUGCUACAACUGUUGAGACCAUUUUCAGUGCAAGUGAGAUGUGGAAAACUCUUACUAAUCUAUACUCAGGAGAAGGAAAUGUGAUGUUAAUGGUGGAGACACAGGAGAAGAUAAGUGCUUUGAGACAGGGGGAGCGUUCUGUUGCAGAAUAUGUUGCAGAAUUGAAGCAUUUGUGGUCUGAAUUGGAUCAUUAUGAUCCUCUUGAGUUAGAGCACCCCAGUUGUAUAGCAAAAAUGAGAAAAUGGAUUGAGCGCAGAAGGGUCUUUGAGUUUCUGAAGGGCUUAAAUUCAGAGUUUGAAGGGAGAAGGGACUCAAUGUUUCAUCAAGCCACUCUUCCUACCUUGGAUGAGGCUAUUGCAGCUAUGGCACAAGAGGAACUUAAAAGGAAAGUAUUACCUAAUGUCACACCAUCUCCCUCAAAUCCCACAUAUGUAGUUGAACAAAAUAAAGAGACCAGGGAGUGCUUCAAUUGUGGUGGAAUGGGGCACCUCAUGCGUGAUUGCCGUGCUCCACGCAAGCCUAAUUAUGGGAGAGGAAGGUUUAAUGACAGGGGUGGAGUAAGAGGUGGAAGAGGUUAUAUAGGUAGAUGUAACAGAGGCAGAAACUAUGAGUAUAGAGGUGAUCACAAAGCUAGAGUGGCCACUCUUCAAGAGGGUUCUUCUGGGACUACAAAUAUGGAUGUUGCCAACUUUGUUCAUUCCACCUCAGGAGAGGCAAACAGGGAAGAAACUUGGGAUUGGCGUCAGGCGUGAUGGACUUUGGUAUCUGGAUCGAAAGGAGAACAGUGAAGAUGUAUGUCUUACAUUGAUGGCCACCACAAGUGAGGAAGAGGCUAAGGUAUUACUUUUGCAUUGUCAACUAGGGCAUAUAUCUUUUGAAACUAUGAGCAAGAUGUUCCCAAUAGAACUAAGUAAAGUGGAUAAACGUAAGCUAGUAUGUGAUGCAUGUGAGUAUGGGAAACAUACAAGAACAUCAUAUGUCAGUAGGGGACUCCGAAGUAUAUUGCCUUUUAUGUUGAUUCACUCAGAUGUAUGGACCUCGCCAAUAGUCUCUGUGAGUGGAAUGAAGUAUUUUGUUACCUUUAU